UGCACACUAGAAAAUGCUAUUGUGAAAAAUGUGUAUUUCAGAUCCAUCCCUAACAUUACUGAUGCUUUCUUGAAAAGUGUUUGCAGCCUGGAAACAAGUUUUUCUACCUAGGAAGGAAGAAAUGAUUUUGAAUAUUAAGGAAACAUUUUUUCUCUUCAUGACUAUGGUUGGCACUCUGGGGCACAUUUCUGUUUCUGUGAAUUAUAUGAUAAGUUCAUUGGAAGGCCUUGAGAAGAAACCCAUACACCUUAUUCUCAUCCACUUGAGCUUUUACAACACCAUAAUCCUUCUUGCAAAAAGAUUACCAAAGACAAUAGCAGUUUCUGGUUUAAUAAACUUCCUAGAUGACAUAGGCUGUAAGACCCUUAUUUACCUGGAGAGGGUGGCCUGUGGAGUUUCCAUCUGCACCAGCAGUCUCCUCACUGUGGUCCAGGCCAUCAUCAUCAGUCCCAGAGCAUCUGGGUGGAGGAGGCUCAGACCAAAGUCUGCAUGGCACAUUCUUUUCUUUUGGAUACUCAAUGCUUUAAUAAGUAUGAACCUAAUCCAUUCCAUCACAAGCACAAAUCUGAAUACAUCACAUCUGAAGAGUGUAUACAACUAUUGUUAUUUAAUGCUAGAAAGUCAGAAAACAAAGUGGAUUGUUCUCCCUCUCAUGGUCCUGAGAGAUGCUAUGUGUGCUCACACAGAAGUGGACAUUGUGUCCCUGGAAGCUAGAGCUAUAGGCAGUCAUGAGUCCUAUGAUGCAGAUGUUGAGGACGAAGGGCCUCAAAAAGAGGAGCAGGGCUCUUAA